AUGUUGUCCUGUUCCGCUGUGGUUCGGAUCUUGGUCGCUUGCGUUCUCGUCGUAGAUCGGUCGCUGGAGGUUCGAGCGGCGGCUGAACCAUCAUCAGGAGGCGAUCGACGAGACACCACCCUCGCCGGCCUAGCAGCCGAAACGCAGGAGGUCGUCUUCGAGGAUCUUCCCGAGGGAUUUCACGAUGACAUUGAUUCCAUUACCGUAGCCGUUGGAGGGCAUCACACGUGCGCCUUGGAAUAUCGGCCCGGCGUUGAUUUCGGCGGGCCGGUGCGAUGCUGGGGGAGGGAUGAUUGGGGACAAUCGAUGCCGUCCGACGAUAUAUUCGUCCAGGUCAGCGCUGGCAACCGCCACACUUGCGGGAUCAAGAUCGACCAGACGGUAUCCUGUUGGGGACACAUGCCCUUCUCCCCUCGAGGGUUUUUUCAGCAGCUCAGUGUCGGGGGGCAUCACACUUGCGGCCUUCGAAGGGAGGGGACGGCCGCGUGCUGGGGGGAUGACAUCGCUGGGAGUACGUCCGGGGUGCCGGCAAACACCACAUUUGUCCAGGUUGUAGCCGGUAAGGACAACAGCUGCGGUUUGCGUCCAAACGGGCAAGUUGACUGCUGGGGAGGGAACAAAGCGGGUCAAAGUUCUCCCCCACGGGACGUCCAGUUCCGACAACUCUCUGCCUCCAAUAGUCGGCAUAUCUGUGGCUUGACGUUGGAGAGAGAUAUCCGGUGCUGGGGUAGAGAUAUGCGAGGAGAGACGCAGUUCCGACGUGGGCCAUGGUACCAGGUGACCUGCGGCCAGUGGACAACAUGUGGAAUAAGAAAACACGAUGGAGGGGUAGAGUGCUGGGGGGUGAAAACGCUGAACAAGACAGGCGCCUUCUACGAGGAGGUGUCUUCGGCAGAUUUUCACACGUGUGCUGUGGACGAGAACGGCGAGGUGGAAUGCUGGGGGGACGCGCUACAGGCCGAGCUCGUUCCCGACGGCUUCCAGGCUGCUUAG